AUGGAACCACUUCUGGAGAUGUUCAAGCCAAAAUAUCUUCAUGUACCAGAAGUUGAGCUAUCCUUGGUUGUUUCUGAACAAGAGGUUCAGACUGAACAAGCGAUUCAGCCUAAAGGUACUCCUCCUCCUGAACAGCAAGUCAUUUCUCAGACUAAAAUUGAAACUACUUCUGGAACUGAGAAGCCUUUUGGAUCUGAAUCUAUGCCUAUGAAGCUUAUGAUGUUUUCAAACUCUGAAGUCUUGCGCUCAACAAACUCUGGUGAAGAGUGUUACCAGAUUCUGGAACAAGACUCGGGAUACCAAGUUUUGAAGACUCUCUCAUAG